AUGCCAACUCCCGCACUCAACGCAUCCGUCGUUUCACCCAAAGGCAGACCACCCUCAAACAAACAACUCACCGUCUUCGUCACUAUCCAAGUCUCUCCAUCCGACAUCGAGAAGUUCAAAGAGGCACAUCGUCCCAUAUGGAAGAAGUGUUCCGAGGAGCCAGAAUGUCUAUUCUUCGAUGUUUUCCAGGAUCAGGAGGUCAAGGGACGGUUCAGAUUUGUGGAGAUUUGGAAUAAAAGUCGGGAAUGGUUUGAGAAGGAGCAAAUGACCAAGCCGUAUUAUGAGGCUCUGUGGGAGAAAUCCAAGCCGCUAUGGACAAAGGAUCUUCAAGUUGAGUACUUCGAGCGAGAGGGCGAAGGUUCUGUAUGGAGUGAUGAAUAUCUUGUUGGUGGAAGAAAGAUGGAGAAGACUGAGGUUGUUGCUUGA